AUGAAAUAUAACAUACUUCGUGUUACAAAUAUUCAAUUUGUACAAAAACGGUUCUUUAAAAAAGUACAAGUAAGAGUUAGAUUUGCCCCUAGUCCAACUGGUUUCUUACAUGUAGGAAGUUUACGAACUGCAUUAUAUAACUAUUUAUUUGCUCGUGCUAAUAAUGGUGCAUUUAUCUUGCGAAUUGAAGAUACAGAUCAAACUAGAUGUGUACCUGGAGCAAUAGACAAAAUUCAAAAUGAUUUAUUAUGGUCUGGUAUUAUACCUGAUGAGGAUCCAAUAAGAGGUGGACCUGUUGGGCCAUAUGUACAAUCAAAACGACUGGAAAUAUAUAAGGAAAAAGUGCUUAAACUUAUAAAUAAUGGAUCUGCAUAUUACUGUUUCUGCACAGAAAACAGAUUGCAGUUAUUGCGAAAAGAAGCAAUAAAAUCUGGACAAGUGCCUAAAUAUGAUAAUAGAUGUAGACAUUUAAGUAAUGAUGACAUAAAAGCAAAACUUGAUAAGGGUCAUCCUUCUUGUAUUAGAUUUAAGUUAUUUUCUGAAACAGAAUGUUUUGAUGAUUUAAUAUAUGGUAGAAUAGAACAUAAUGUUACACAAACAGAAGGAGAUCCAAUUAUUAUCAAAUCAGAUGGUUAUCCAACUUAUCACUUUGCAAAUGUUGUUGAUGACCAUCUUAUGGAAAUAUCUCAUGUAUUGCGAGGCAUUGAGUGGCAAGUAUCUACACCUAAGCACAUAAUGAUGUAUAAAGCUUUUAAUUGGACUCCACCUGUAUAUGGACAUUUACCUUUAAUACUACAUUCUGAUGGAUCUAAAUUAUCAAAAAGACAAAAUGAUAUACACAUUGAGACUUUUAGAAAAGAAGGAAUUUUUCCAUUAGCAGUUUUAAACUAUGUUAUUCAUGCUGGUGGUGGUUUUGAUAACAAAGGAGGUGCUCAUUAUAUUGGUAGUUAUGAAGAAUUAAUUAAACAAUUUGAUGUAUCUAAAAUAAAAGUGGGUUCUAGUAAACUGACACCUACUAAAUUGAAGGAAUUUAAUAAGUUAGAAAUAUCAAAGUUAUUAGCAAAUGAAAAAAAUAACACAUUUUUAGUUGAAAGAAUUAAGAAACUAGUUAUGGAGGCAUUUCCAAAUAAACAAAUUGAUGGAAGUUUACAAUUAGACGAGAGUCAUAUUAUUUAUAUAUUAAAAUGGGCACAGGAUAGAAUAUCUAAAUUAAGUGAUUUAGUAUCACCAAGUUUAUCCUUUUUAUGGAUUAUACCAACUGCACCAUUAGAAACAGAUUAUUCAAAAUGUUUAGAUACACUUAAAAUAUUACGUGCUAAAUUGAUUGAAAUUGAUAUUCAAAAUUUUAAUAAAACAUGGAUGAAUAGUUAUCUAAAAGAAUUUGCUAAUGAACAUGAUAUUUCAUAUUCAAUUCUAAUGAAAGUUUUACGAAAAGCACUAGAAUCAUCUAACUUGUAUUGUGUAUCAUUAGUGAACAGAUCACAAUUUAUGAAAACAAAUUUAAAAAGUGAAAUUAUAAUUUGUAUCUUACUGCCUUAUAGUUUGAAGGUAGCUUAA